AUGAAGUCUCCACGACUAUGGAUUGCGAUGUGUUUGAUGACUGCGUGUUAUCAGCUUGGCACAUCAAACAGAUACGGGUGUUUGUUUGAGAAGAGACUAUGUUCCAGAGACCAGCUGUGCUCAGAUGAUGGUUUGUUUGGCCAGUGUCGUCUGGUCAAACAGGACAAAAUCCAGUACCAGGUCUCAGUUCCAGUUCUGCAGAGACUGCAGGAGGUCCUCAAAGAACUCAUGAUACAAGGUUUGACCUGGCGCGAUGACCUCACUCAAAACAUCAUCGCAAAAGAGCUGAGUCGGGUGCCACAGACCCGCCCACCGUCCAGGCCCGAUGAUUCUCCCUCUCCAAAGUAAGAUGCUGGCUCCAAGCCCCGGGACAGGACAGACCAGCUGAACCCUGACCUGAUGCAACGCUACCUGGACUACAUGAUUGUAGACACUCCCAAGUCCUCCCUGCAUUUGCAACCUCUAGACCCCUACACUUACCAACAAUAUGGUUACCAAGACGAAGAAGAGCGCUCUCUCAACCUGGUGGAGGGAGAUGGAUACCCGUUGUCUUCCUCACGGUCUGGGGGGAGCUCUGCUCAGCAGCGUUCUCGUGACAGAGAUCGCCAAGUGUUACAAGACUUAGUGUCUCUCUACCUCUCCUCGCCCGCACAGCCGGCCUCCCGCCACCGGGUGGCAGCACCCAUUUCUUCAUCACCUUUCUUCCAGGAACUGGACUUCCCAAUUGAUUACACAGAGGACUACAUAUCCCAAGAUGUGGAGAUCGCCAGCCAACAGCAAAAGAAAACCCCCCAGGAUUAUGGAGCAUUGGCUGGGCUUGAUGAGGACAGUCGAAAGAGGGUGAGCAUUUUGUUGGAUCAGUACGGCAUCGACCUGAGCGAAUUGGACCCAGACCAGUUGGAGAGUCUGUCCACAGCUCUGGAGCUCCUUCAGACAGGUCAAAUAGACACAAAGAACCAGGACCUGACCUCCGACAAACCUGCCUCACAAAAAGUGAUGAAGAUCACUGAGGGAGAAAUGACACACGUGGUGGAGAAAGCCUCCGUCUCAGCGACGUCUCCUUUCCCGCCCCUCACCCCUGGGCCCCCCAGGGCUCCCGAGGGCUCCAAAAACACGGGCUCCACCUCAUCCCACAACAACACAGAGGGCGCCGACGUUUCAGGGCCUGGGGCCCCGGUCAAACCAGGGGAGGGGAAGAAAGUUUCUGGGUCUCUCAGUGGUUCCCCCGCGGAGGAAGGAGCUUCCAAGUACACAGAGGAAUACGGAUACAUAGUUACUAACCAGAGCCCUCUUAGUCUGUUUGAUGGGGUUCAUCUGCUGGAGACACUGGCUGAGAGGAUCCACCUCCCCGCCGGCACUUUCCUCAACAUCAGCGUUGUUGGUCCAGCUCUGACCUUCCGUGUCCGUCCAAACAGCCAGAACCUGAGCGCGGAGGAGGUGGCAGAGAAGGCAGUGGCUGAGAAGAAUUUUCUAGAAUCUGAGACAGGAUUGAACGUUCUGCAGGCGGGCGUUGGAGAGAGAAACGAUGGACGGGGGUUGCCUGUGGCGACGAGGGUCCGAGACGGCACCCGCUGGCUGUUCCUUACGCUGGUGGGCGUGGCCUGUGUGGGCGGGCUCCUGGUGGGGGCGUUAACCAUCGCUUGUGUGCGAAACCACGCCCGUCAGCUGGCCUCGGGCAAACUGGGACUGGGGCCAGAGAGCGGAGGCGACACACACUUCGAAUACCAGGAUCUCUGUCGCCAACACAUGGCUUCUAAGUCAUCAUUCAGCCGACAGGAAACAGGUUCUGUUGGAGCUGCUAGCACAGGUAGCGGAGGUGCAGGCAGAGGGACAGGGGGAAGUGGAGGAGGAGGAGGUGGAGGAGGAGCCACAGAUACGUCGCGGGUGAGCAGCGUGUCGUCCCAGUUCAGCGACGCUCCCCAGCCCAGUCCCAGUUCUCACAGCAGUACUCCGUCAUGGUGCGAGGAGCCUGCCCAGUCCAACAUGGAUAUUUCCACUGGACACAUGAUACUGGCGUAUAUGGAGGACCACCUGAAGAAUAAAGACCGGCUGUUAACGGAGUGGGAGGCUCUGUGUUCCUACCAGGCUGAGCCCAGCACCAUCUCUGUGGCCCAGAGUGAAAACAACGUCAAGAAAAACCGCUGCUCUGAUGCCGUGCCCUACGAUCACUGUAGGGUGAAGCUGAAGGCGGAGAUUAACCCUUCCAGGACUGACUACAUCAAUGCCAGCACCAUUAUUGAACAUGAUCCGAGAAUGCCAGCGUAUAUUGCCACCCAGGGCCCUCUGUCACACACUAUCUCUGACUUCUGGCAGAUGGUGUGGGAGAACGGCUGCACUGUCAUAGUGAUGAUGACAGCACUGGUAGAGGAUGGAGAGAAGCAGUGUGAUCGCUACUGGCCAGAUGAGGGGUCUUCCCUUUACCACAUCUACGAGGUGAACCUGGUGUCAGAGCACAUCUGGUGUAAUGACUUUCUGGUUCGGAGUUUUUACCUAAAGAACGUCCAGACUCAGGAGACGCGCACGCUAACGCAGUUCCAUUUCCUGUCCUGGCCCGCUCAGGGCAUUCCCACCUCGACUCGCCCUCUGCUGGACUUCCGCAGGAAGGUGAAUAAGUGCUACCGAGGACGAUCUUGCCCCAUCAUUGUGCACUGCAGUGACGGAACGGGCCGGACCGGGACGUACAUUCUGAUUGACAUGGUUCUGAAUCGCAUGGCUAAAGGAGUGAAGGAAAUCGACAUUGCUGCAACCCUUGAACACAUUCGAGAUCAGAGGCCAGGAAUGGUGCGCACCAAGGACCAGUUUGAGUUCGCACUGACCGCUGUGGCUGAAGAGGUCAACGCCAUCCUUAAAGCCCUGCCCCAGUGA